UUUUUUCUAGUAAUAAACCUGGCUAUUACUUAUUCUUAUUACACAUUUAAAAUUUAGCAAGAAAUUUUAUUUCUUAUUGCAGCAAAAAUAUGGAAAAUAAAUAUUUAAUAAUUUUAGUAAAUUUAAUAUUUAUAGUGAGUGGUGCCGCUUCUGAAGAGGAUACGCUCUUAUCGGUGGUGCAGGCAUUUAGACAUGGUGAAAGAACUCCUGUUCUGUUCUACCUUACAGAUCCUUACAAGGACAGUUCUUAUUGGGAUGGUUUGAGUACUGGCCAACUUACGAACUAUGGAAAGAUACAGCUGAUGGAACUGGGAAAAUAUUUUCGAGACAGAUAUGACGGCUUCGUGUCCUCAAGUUAUUCAGAAGACGAAAUCUACGUAAGGACAGUAAGCGGUAAGCGGAACCUUCUCUCCGCUGAAGCAUUUUUAGCAGGACUCUACCCCGACGAAGAGGUUGACAUGAAAGUACACCAAGCGCCCAUCGCCGUCGUAGGUAAUUUGCAGGAUUGCCUGCGUUACGAUAUUGAAUGGUUGGAGUUGGAAGCCACUAAUGAAUACUUUAAGAAAAUCAAUGAGGAUAACAGUGAAGAUUAUAAGUACAUUAGAGAAAAUAGUUUGUUCCCAGUAUAUGGCCUCGAGACUGCUUACGGCAUUUGGGAUACUUUACAUAUCGAAAAGAGAUUUAACUAUACUCUACCAGAGUGGACAGAUAGUGUGUUUCCAGAAAAACUUACAAAGAUGUCGGAUAUAUAUGCACAGUCGUUGUGUUACGACGAGAAUCUACAAAAGCUUGGUGCAGGUGGUUUUAUUAACGCAUUGAUAGACCAUUUCGAUUCCAUCCUGACGAGUGACCCUUCGCAGAAAAUACAGCUCUAUAGCGUGCACGACACCAACAUUGCUUGCUUCCUGAACGCAUUUGAUGCCUUCAGUGAACCUCACAUUCCGGACUUUGCUAGUAGCUUGAUAUUUGAACUGAGGCAAGACAGCAAGGGCAGUUAUGUUAACAGCUAUUAUAAACCUGCAAACGAGGCGGUCCCAAUAAAUUUGAGGGGUUGCGCCUUUGAUUGUAGGAUUGAAGAUUUCAGAACUUUAUUUAGUAACAUUAAGCUCAGUGAAAUAGAGUGGGUUGAAAAGUGUUACACACCACUGUAAAAAUAGCUUUACAGACAUAAUAAAUGAGAGUAUUUCUUAA